CCAGACCCACACUGCAUCGAUCUCUAUAAACGCACCAAAAGCACUAGCAUCUCCCACAUCAAACAAAAGAAGAAAGGAAAACUCGAAACCAUUCCCAGAAUCCCACCACCGUGAUGAGCUUCUCCGUGACAAAGUUGGCUCCGGCCAUAGUCGGCCCCUGCGAGCCCACCCCGUCGGCCAGCCUUCCCCUAUCCCCCAUCGAUCGGGCCCCGGGCAUGAGGCGCUUGAUCGACUUGUUCCUCGUGUUCGGCCAGCCUGCUCAGGACCCAGCAAAGGUCGUGCGGGAAGCCUUGUCCAGGGCUUUGGUCUCCUACUACCCCGUAGCCGGGCGGUUCGCGGUGUCCGAUAAUGGCGAGCUCGCCGUGGCUUGCACCGGCGACGGCAUAUGGUUCGUCGAGGCGUCGGCGGAUUGCAGCCUUAAAGAUGUUAACAAUCUCGAACGCCCUUUCAUGAUCCCAAAGGAAGAGCUCAUUCCAUGUCCUCCACCUCAGGUCAGCCAAGAGGAUGUGUUCUUAAUGUUGCAGGUUACCCAAUUCAGCUGUGGAGGAUAUGUGGUCGGCAUCAGAUUCAAUCAUGCAAUUUUUGAUGGUGUCGGCGUAGCUCAAUUCCUGAAAGCAAUCGCGGAGCUGGCCAAAGGUCUUGCACGGCCCACCGUCGAGCCAAUCUGGUGCAGGGAGGCCAUUCCUGACCCUCCAAAGCUCGUGCCGCAGGGGCCUCCACCAGUCUUCCAACCUUUAGCCCUGGAGCAAAGUAUAUUAGAUAUAUCCCUAGACCGCAUCGACCGGAUCAAGAGCCAAUUCACAAGCGAGACGGGCCAAAAGUGCUCCACGUUCGACGCUGUGGGUGCAGUGCUGUGGCAUUGCCGGACACGAGCGAUUAAUUUGGAGCCCCAGGCCGAUGCCCACCUAGCUUUUCCGGUGAGCACCCGUCGCUUGCUGCAAGAGGUGCUGCCCAAGGAGGAAGGCUAUUAUGGCAAUUGCGUCUAUCCAAUGGCAAUCACAGCGCCCGGUGAGAAGAUAAAGAAGGCAUCCGUUGUUGAGAUUGUGAGUCUGAUUAGAGAGGCUAAAGAGAGUGUGCCGACCAAGUUUUCGAGAUGGGUGAAGGGAGACCCCAGGGAGGGGCCAUGCAUGGUGCCGCUGGAGUAUGGAUCGCUUUGCGUGACGGAUUGGAGUCGGGUGGGGUUCUAUGAGGUGGACUUUGGGUGGGGCGGACCCAUCCAAGUUGCUCCACUGACUGAGGAUGACCUCAUCCCUUGGUGCAUCUUGCUCCAGUCCCCUGCGCCCAUGCGAGGUGUGCGGCUGCUGCUGCGAUGCCUCCUCAAGGAACACUUGGAAGCAUUCCAUGAUCAAAUGAGCAGCCUGGUCUAGCAAGAUUUUCGCUCGUUUAAACCUUCACUGGAGAAAAAUUAAAUGGAGAGCUUGUAAUACUCGAUCCUCGUGCUUUGCUUUUAGAUAUUGUUGUCAUAGCUAUCAAGCCUUACCGUAAUUAAUUUGGAACAGCUCUAUAAAUUCUAUUACUUGCAUGCUUUCCUGCU